CAAGAGGCCAGCUGGGGCGCGGCGGACUGCGCGGGCGGUGGGACUCCGCUUAGUUUCUGGUGCGGCGAGCACCAAAGUCCGGGAACCGAGGCAUUUUCAGGUUUUAGGGUUGUUAUGAAGCUGCAGGAGCGAGAUGGAGGUGGACGCACCGGCUGGUGAUGGUCAAGACGGUCCCCGGGAGCGGCGAGGCCAGAGCGAGGCAGGGAGGCAGAACCUCGAUGUGCGGCCUCAGUCCGGGACAAACGGGCUUCCUAAACACUCCUACUGGUUGGACCUGUGGCUCUUCAUCCUUUUCGACGCGGUGGUAUUUCUCUUCGUGUAUUUUUUGCCAUGACUCAUUUGGUGAUACCCAUAUUAAGAAGCUCGUUCUUGAGUGAAUUCUGAAAAUGGCUACAAACGUCUUGAAUAAAGAAGACACGACUCUCAACAGAAGAAUUUCAAAUCUCCAAGGGACCCUUCCUUUCAUUUUACACUUUGUUACUAAUUUGCAGAACUCUAUUAAAUUGGUAGGAUUUCACCCAUUCCUAAGUUGUUAAAAUUAAACUCUUUGGUUCAUGUUUAAAAACGUUUCAGACAUCCGAUGGCUUUACAGGGGCUGAAUAGAAAAACAUUUGUACUUAAA